UAUAACGAUGGAUUACCAUUAUGAACAGACUAGUGAAGUAGAAGCUUUAGAUUCAAUCUACUAUGGCGAUAUGCAAAUUAUAGAAACUGAGCCGUUCCAUAAGUUCUCGAUACCUAUAAAGUCAGAAGGCUACGACGACGGCGAAGGUCUGGCAUGUCAGCUGGUUUUCACUUACACCGCAAAAUAUCCUGAUGAGGUGCCUCUUAUAGAAAUUGAAAAUGAAGAGAAUUUCGAUGAUAUAGUAGACAAACAGGAAUUACUGACACAUUUAACAGAACAGGCAAAAGAAAACUUAGGCAUGGUGAUGGUGUUUACAUUGGUGUCAGCGGGACAGGAAUGGCUCAGCGACCACUGGGACCGAGUCAAGAAAGAAAGAGAGGAAAAGGUGCUGGCCAAGAUUAAGGCUGACGAGGAAGCUGAACAGAAAAGGUUCGAAGGCACGCGGGUGACAGUAGAAUCGUUCCUGGUGUGGCGGAAACAGUUCGAGAUCGACAUGGGCAUUCCUCAGAAGCGCGAACGGGAAGCCAAGGGCGGCAACAAGCUGACGGGCAAGGAGCUCUUCCUGAGGGACACCACGCUCAACGAGUCCGAUUUGAAGUUCUUGGACGAUGGCGACGCGGUGAAAGUGGACGAGUCCCUGUUCCAAGACCUGGACGACCUGGACAUCUCGGACGAAGACGACGAGGACUACGUGCCCGGACAGAGCAGCGACAGCGACUAGCGGCACACGAGCGACGCAUGAGCGACAGAUUAACGACAAUGUGCGACAGUGGACAAUGUCUGUCAGAAGGUGUAUGAAAGUAUAAGUAAGUCGCGAUUUUAUUGCGUGGCUUUUUAUUAAUAAUGCAUAUUUAAGUGUCAAUGUAUCUUGGUAUUUAGAGAUAAAUUAACUCAUAUCUUCGUAAGGCUCAAUGUACAUUAAAAUGUACACUCAGCUGCAGAGGGGGUCAAUUAUCUCGGCAGCUGACUGUACAUAUUCGUUGCAAUCUAAGUAGAACCUUUCAUGAACCAAAUUAAGAAGCAUUUAUUAGUUUGCUUUUUAAAACAAACGAAAUUCAUUCCAAUUUACAUAUAGAACAAGGUUCAAAUUAAAAAUAGAUUUUUUUGAAUGGUGGGUCUUACGAAGCUAUAUUUGCAUUAUUAAUGAUGCAUUCAAUGAAAUAGUGACUCGCUGUCUUGUUGUGGAAUUAUCCCAAACAUUUCUGGCUUGCAUUAAAGUUAAAUAUCGAGUGUUUUUUGCCUCUGGACAAAUAAUGUAAGCACGUAAAUUUCAGUCAGUCUCAGUAAAUUUUUUUAAACUUUGAGAUAAAUAACGAAAAUCCAGAAUAAGAAAGAGUAUGCUGACAGAUUUGCGGGCGUGUAUUUUAUGACAACGAGUUCCUUAACUUAAAGUAACUUCUAUUUACGUGGCCUGAACAAAAAUAAUUAAAUCUGUUGUCAGUUUAGUCUCCCUAGUCUCCCUGACUAUGCCAGUAAUCAGUACACCAAUAAAAUUUGUAUAUAAUUUUAUACCUCACAAUUUUUUUUGAAAUAUUAUUUUUUUUGGUUGGCCGUUGGCCGUCUUUUCUUCUAUUACGCAACUAUGGAUAUCGAUAAAAAGAUGUUUCUAACUCUAGCAAGAUUGCGACAGUCCUUUGUUUUGCCGCAAAAAUUCCGGGCUCUGGCAAUGACGUUGCUUUUUGGAUAUGAGUGGCAACGAAACACGGUUAAUUCAAUAUUUUUUGAUUAUGUUAGGUUACGAGGCCAAGAACACCCAGUAUUUAGUUAGAAGGCAGUCAUGACUGGUAUUUAUGCUUGUGACAAUAUUAAAUAUGUAUAGUAGAAUUAUUACUGAGUGCUUAAAUCAAUACAAACCGUAACUUAUGGACUUUAUGGUAGGGUAAACUGCCCUUUUGUCGGCACCCUACAAUUAUUGGCAUAUCUUUUAUUUCAAAGCAGCAGUAGUGGGUGUCAUACAAAAAUAGGUGCCAAUGAAGCAUUCCACGGGCUAUCCAGCGGCGGUAGCGCGGACGCAUUUUUAUCGCAUGUCACCAUGCCUGUCACGUUAUAACAAGUGCGAAAGUGACGGGCAUAGUGACAGGCGAUAAAAAUGGAACCAUGCUGCGCCCGCGGUACAAACGCAUUUUGUCAUUUGUCACUUAGGAGGAUAAAACCUCCGGCUACUCCGUUUCCAUUAACAGGCAUUCCCUGUCGAAAAUAGUCGGCCGAUGGUCAUACACAUGUAUGACGUUUAUCUGAUAUGGCUAUUUUGACGUUACGUAUACAUUUGACGUUCACCUCCCCCGCAAAAAUUGGCACUUUUGUACAGCAAAUUACAGACGUGGCGGCUCCGUUUGGUUAUAUCCUCCUAGUUUGUCACAGAAAAAGAAAUUCCCUAUAAGCAAAUCUUGAGAAAACUGUUUGUACGGGACAACGGUAGAUAACUUCCGAAUGCUACAAUUACUGGUAUUUCCCAGUGCUAAAGGGUAGUUCACCCUUUAUACGGACCUGGGUGCGUAGCCAACAUGCCAAUCGUUUAUGCUCCGUAGCGAACGAAAUGUAAAUGUUACUGUAGCAAUAUGGAAGAGUGAUAGAGAGACACAAAGCGUUUCGUUGUCGUAGCGCAAGCGAUUGUCACCUUGGCUAGGCACCCUGAUAUUCUCUAUUGUGUCAGUAGCUGAGAUCUGAGUGUAAGAGUAUUGUGUAAGUACCCCGUAAAGUACGGCCUUGUCGCUGCAGUUAUUUAUUAUAUGAAAUCGUUUUCAAUAAAACACAGAUUUGUCUGGAGAAUAUUUUUUAUUUACACUUUGUCACUAUAGUAGGUACAUAUAUACAGAUGACAAGUGAAACAUCAAAUAAAAAGCGAGCACAACUAACACGUCAACAUUCAACGAAACAAAACAACUAAUAUUCGCCUGAAGUGAUGUGUUUGAAACAUAAAGGCUAACCCCCUUAUUCAUAA